AUGAAGCCCGUCGGUGUGCUCCUGCUUGCGCUGCUCUUGCCUGUGUGCUGGUGCCGGAACGAGGAAGAGCGCCUGAUCAACUACCUGUUGAAGGAGCGCGGCUACAACAAGGAAUUGCGCCCCGUGGAGAGACAACAGGACGCCGUCGAUGUCUACCUCGCGCUCACGCUCUCAAACCUCAUCUCCUUGAAAGAAGUGGACGAGACCCUCCUCACCAACGUCUGGAUCGAGCACACGUGGAUAGACUACCGGCUGACGUGGAACACGAGCGAGUUCGACGGCAUCAAGAUGCUGCGCCUGCCGUCGAAGAUGGUGUGGCUGCCCGAGAUCGUGCUGGAAAACAAUAACGACGCCCAAUUCCAGGUGGCCUACUACUGCAAUGUGCUAGUUGAUUACACUGGGCUGUGCUACUGGUUGCCCCCCGCCAUCUUCCGUUCGUCCUGCUCCAUCAACGUCAACUAUUUCCCGUUCGACUGGCAGAACUGCACCCUCAAGUUUACCUCCCUGACGUAUAACGCCAAAGAGAUCCAAAUGCUCCUGAAGACGGAGACGGACGACAACAUCACGUGGACGGUAGAGUGGAUCGUCAUCGACCCGGCCAGCUGGACAGAGAACGGCGAAUGGGAGGUGAUCCACCGUCCGGCUAAGAGGAACACCUACAAACACAUUCCCAUGGAGAGCAACAAGCACCAGGACAUCACUUUCUACCUCGUCAUCAAACGCAAGCCGCUUUUCUACAUCGUCAACAUCAUCAUACCCUGCGUGCUCAUCUCCUUCCUGGCCUCGCUCGUCUACUACCUGCCCGCCGACAGUGGUGAGAAGAUGACGUUGUCCAUCUCUGUGCUGCUGGCGCAGUCGGUCUUCCUGUUGCUGAUAUCUCAAAGGCUUCCGGAGACUUCCCUCUCUGUCCCGCUCAUUGUGAAGUACUUGAUGUUCAUCAUGGUGCUGGUGACAGUGGUGGUCUUAAACUGCGUGGUGGUCCUCAACCUGCACUUUAGGAGCCCCAGCACACACGUCAUGUCCGGGUGGACCAAGAGGUUGUUCCUAGAGCGACUUCCUCGCCUCCUGCUCAUGUCCCGGCCGGUGGAGACCGAGCCGUACUGGGACGGCGCUUUGCAGCGGCGCUCCAGCUCGGCGGGCUACAUUGCGUCGGCCGAGGAGUACUACAGCGUCAAGUCCCGCAGCGACUUGAUGUUCGAGAAGCAGUCGGUGAGACACGGGCUCGUGACGCGACCCACCCACGCAACAGUGAAAAAGCUGCAGGAUGACGGCGGCGUGACCGAGCAGCUGUACGCGGAAAUCAAGCCGGCAGUGGACGGAGCUAACUACAUCAUCAAACACAUGCGAAACAAAAACGACUACAAUGAGGAGAAGGACAACUGGAGCGGCAUCGCCCGCACCGUGGACCGUCUCUGCCUCUUCCUCAUUACCCCUGUGAUGACCUUCGGCACCAUAAUCAUCUUCCUGAUGGGUCUCUACAACCACCCGCCGCCGCUGCCCUUUGCUGGAGACACUCACGACUACAGGGAGGAAAAUCCGCGGUUGCUGUGAUGUGAACGCGCACGCGCAUACACACAGACACAAACAGACACACACACACACACCUCAUUCUGCUUUCUUUGACCUUGUGUGGCUUGUUUCCUUUCGUUAGAUGUGAAAAAAAAAUCCUCAGUAAUCACAAAUGUUAAAUUGGAUCAAUAUUAGCGAAGGUGUAAGGUGCCUCUUUAAAGUUCAACUCUCCUAGUCCCUCAUUAAAAGCUUCUCAACUCUGCCUUAAAGGUUUGGUUUUGUUUUUCCCCGAAUGCUGCGACUCGAGUGUUUGCAGGACAACUUCUACAAUCUCAUCAUUGGGCCGAUGAUGAGCUGAUCCUUCCUCUGUUGCGUAAGUUGGUGAAGGCCCAAUUUUCUUAUCACGUGUUAUGGAUGAGUUUUCGUCCCCAAUUUGCUGGGAAAAUGUUAGGAUUCAAUGAGAUCGAAACAUCCCAGAAGUGCCUUUUUAUUUGAUUGUUUUAUUGUCUAGCUUCAACAAGCGGUGCCAUAUUAGUUAUAAUAAUAAUACAUUUUAUUUAUGAACUCUUUUCAAGAUACCCAAGGAUAUUUUACAAAAUGUAUGGAUGAAGUUGAAAAACAAAGUAAUGUUCCUUUUUUUUCCAGAAAAUCAACAGGGUUGAAUCUCAUUUUUGUCCCUCAUGAUUGUCAAAUGUAAUUAAAAAAAUAAUUUGUAGAAAAAUAUCACAUUUUAAAAAGUGCAUACAAUUACCUCCUACUAUGAAUGUGACAUACCAUAGCAUCCCAUUUACAUCCUCAAAUGAAUUAAGUUGAUUUUU